GCGCUCCGCAGUCCCGGCCCGCGCUCAGAGACGAGCGCCCGAGUCCACAGAGCGAGUCCAGCGCCCGAGUCCAGCCCCCGGAGACAGUCCGAGUCCAACGCCAGAGUCCAGAGCCCGGGACCAGAGUCGGGGAAGAGAGGUAGCUGAGUGCGCCCCUCUGUCAGCGGCCCGUACGUCGACUGGCUCCAGCCGCAGAGACACUACCGCAGGUUAUGAACAUGCUGCUGCAUCUACUGUUGGGAGCGGUGCUGAUCGCGGGAGGCACGGCUGACUUCGAGGAACAGAGCCAGUCGUACCGACAGGAACCAAGAGGUUUUGUGGAAUCACUCACUGAAAUGUUCGGAAAUCUCGGAAACUUUCAGAGUGCGAUCAAUGGUGGCCUGGAACAGGUGAGCGGCGGUCUCAGCGAGGCGUCUCGGUUCGCCUCUUUGGUCGGCGGUGACCUGGCCGAGGGCCUGGGCCCAGCACGCGGCUGGGCCGGAGGUCAGCUCCGCCAGAGCAGCGGCCUCAUCGAGGGACUCAUGAGGAUGCUCGGAGUGGACUCGGACAAAUUGGGAGUUAUGGCGCUGAACGCGCUCAUCUACCUGGCUGAGUGGAUCACCAACUCGGUGCUGGGAGAAUCGAACACAGUGGAGAGUCGCUCCGGCGCCGCCCUGCUCGAUUGGCUGAUGGACGAAAACGUCGGCCACCUCUCCGCUAUCGUCCAACGCGCCCAGCAGCCCUCCCUCCCCAAAACCAUGAUCGAGAGCCUAAUCGACCGCACCGGUAACGACACGGCCUGCGUGCAGCUGCUCAUCUGCAAAAUGUCGCCGGUAGUGUGGGGCGCGCAGAGCGCAGUCAAACAGAGCUUCGCGGCGCGCUCGGUAGAUGGCUCUCUGUUCGAGUCGUUCUACCAGUUUCUGCCGUCGAUGACUGACUUUGAGCGGUACAGUGAGAGCUGCGAGGGACAGUUCCCCGCGUGUCCACUGAUUAAUGUAUCAGAUGAGGAUGACUUUGGGAGCGCCAUGUGAGACAGCAGGAGCUUGGCGGUCGCGGAGCGGCGGGGGAGCGUGAGGGGCGCACGGUCGUGAGACGGGGACCGUCUCUCGCUGUGCUGCAUUGAGUUUUGCGGAAGGCGAUUGGAUAUUGUUUCGCAUUGCUUGGCAUUAACGUGUCAGUUUCGAUGAGUGUAUUUAAGGGUGAUGAGGACAGCGCUACUUGUAGUUGCAAAAUGUUGUCUGACGGUUGUUCGAGUUACCAGUAGACAGGUCUCAAGCUAAUCACAUUGGGGACAAACUGCAGAGUGAACCGUCCCAUUUUCCCGCGUUCAUCGGUACUGCAAUUAUCAUUUAGAUUAUGUCAAGGCUGUUAUUAUCUACAAAAAUCCCCAUCACGAAGGCCGUUUGUGCAAUCUCACUUCGACGUGUAUUGUUAUUUAUUAUUGUUUUUUAAUACACGUUAUAUUUGUUCA